CUUUCCUGGCUUUCAUUAAAGAAACUCAAUGCAGUGCGGUCACGCUGCCGAGCUCGCCUGGCAACCUGCCUACACCCUGUGGUACCUCUUUCAUUGGAGGAGAUGGAGCUCGUGGUUUGGGGCUAUGAAAGAAGAGGAAGAGCUUAUUGCAGAGGAACUGGAAGAACUUACUCCAGAGGAAAAGAGAAAACUGGAAAGAAAAUUGAAAAAAGAGCGCAAGAAGCAGGAGAAACAGCUGAUGAGGGAAGCUGGAAUUUCCAUUAAAAAGGUGGAGCCCAAAAARCCAUCGGGAUGUGAGCGUGCCCUGGCCUAUUUAACCAGCUGGUCUAAAAAUCCAGAAGAAUGGAAGUUUCAGAAGACAAGACAAACGUGGCUUCUGCUGCACAUGUAUGAUAAAGAGAAGGUUCCAGACAAGUAUUUCACCAUUUUACUGGAUUACCUGCAAGGGCUUCAGGGUGGUGCACGAGACAAAACGGUGCAGAAAGCUGAAGCUUUUAUGAAAGAAUUUGAUGGUUCUGAUGGGGAAGACCCAAACCUGCUGGAGAAGUGUGAGCGCAUCAGACAAGUUCUACAGCUGCUGUCCUGAGAGUAUUUUUGAGUCAUAAUUGUUGUCUGGUGGAGGGGAGGAGAGGAUGUCUCAUACAGAAGUUGUAAAGGAUUUGUAAAGAUAAUACUACAUUUUAUACUCAUGGUUUUUUUCCAGUUGAAAAUAUUUAUCGUGUUUGGAGCUGAUGAAAUAAAAAUAACAUAUAUAGCCCACAGUCUUGCUAUUAAUUUUACUGCACAGCUUUAGAAAAACAAACCUCUCUCCCUCUCAUUAGUUUUUCUCCAUCUCCCCCUGUAAUUACUGUUAAAUACGAGGAACUUUGCAGAUCUUAAUAAGAAGAGCAAAAUAACCAGCAUGAAGCCUGGAGGGUCUUUUACAAUGGCAGCUUUUAAAAUGAGUGUACAGUACAGUGCGUGCUYAGCCAGCUGUAAUCUCUCACUUUCAGCUUCACAAGGAUGUCAUUUGGAUUGGGGAAAGAUCAUUUUCAGUCUGUUGAGCACGGGUUGURUGACACAGUUGCUUAUUAGUACUUCACGCAGUGAUCUGGAGAUACUGUCAGCUUUGCUGAUUUUCUUUUUGAAUUUUAAAGUUUUCAAAUGCAUCAGGGCAAUUGUUUGGAUACUGAGAUAAUGCACRGAUGGGAACAGAUCAAAUCUUUGACUGUGUGUGGUGAAAUCAUCAGAUUGUACCUAAACUUACCCUACAAUCAGAAGUGCUGUGCUCUAUCCAUCCUGUCCAUAUUGCAUUUUCCUCUUCCUCCUGCAAUUGGCAUCCAAAAGAAUUAAUUCCUGUUCAUUCCUUUUGGCAAGGGACAUUUGUUUCUUAGGAACGUGCUGAAAAUGAGGCUUUCAAGUAAAAACCAAGGACAUUAAUUACUCAAAAGUUGGAUGAUUGGCUUAUUUAAUAACACUGGUAUUCAGACAGGGUUCCUGACCUGAUUCUUU